AAUUGCAGCCUCGCUGAGAAAAUUGCUAUUGUUCCCGACAGUGGAAGGCGGCACUUUGAAAGCUGUGCUGUUUUUCCUUGGAGCGCCAGAUCAUUUAAAUCUGCAUCGCGGUGGCGAACUGACAGCUCUUGGGGCUGCGACAGAGGGCUUUAUGCUUUAAAAGCAAAGACCGAAGGCGGGAGUCGGGGGAGGGGGAGAGAUCAAGGGCUGCGCCUGCUCUUCUCCCUCGCGCGCCCCUUCUCUUGCCCUGCCUCUGAGUUUCCCUCGCAGCCAGCCACAGCGGUGGGAACUGAAGCUGGAAAAACCUCCCAGACGCAGAAAAAGACCGGGUUGUUGUGGGGAGGGGAGGGGAGACGUGCUUGGGGUUGAGUAGCUGUGACGUGCAAAAUCGCACCGCGGCGGGCCCACUUGCCGGAGCCGAGAGGGAAGGCAGCCUCACGCACACGCACAUAUCCACGCGCGCCAGGGCGCGCGUCCAGUGGGGGGAAGGCGCGGAGAGGGGGAGCGCGGAGCGGAAGAGCACAGCGCGCGGUGGUUGCGCGUAGAGUUCGUGCUGCCUGAGGAAAAGGAGGAAGAGCGAGGCGCGCGCGCGCACUGCAAAACACAGGGCGCACUUGCCACAAGAGAGAGAGCGCGAGAGAGUAGCGCGCGCUCACACACGCGCUCUCUUUCACACACACACACACACACACACACACGGGAGAGGGAGCAGAAGCAGAGCACAUAGGCGCACGCUGGAGCGCACACACACUCACACAUCCCCAUUCUCAUUCUCCCUCACGCGCGCACACAGGACACACACACGCACACAACACGGACUCGCUCUUCCCGCGCUCACCCAGAGCUUCAUCACUCUCCCUUCCCUCAUCCUUUCGCUGGGUCCUGCCUGUUUCUUCAUCGUUCAAAUAGCUAUUCGACAUCCUUGGCCAAGGAGAUAUAGAUAUUUUUGCACCUCAGUCGCUGUCCUUCCCUCAGGUAUCUGAGAGCUGGGGGGGAGGGAAGAAGAAGAGGAGGAGACGGAGGGCGAAAAGAGGAACGAGAACAAGCAGAUUGACAACAACCACCGAGAGCCAAAGCCCGCCAACAAAUCUGCAAUAGGGCAGCCGGAUCUCUUUUAGUUCGCCUACUAGCUCAUCUCCUCCGCUUAAUCUGUCUCUGCUGUUGGGUCAGACUUUAUUUUCAAGUAAAACAAAACAAGAAAAUCUCUGCUGUUAAGCCAAGUCCAUUUUAUUUCUCCCCGCCCUCUCCCCCCAGUUCUUUCCUGCAGUCAGUCUCUCUCUCUCUCUCUCUCUCUCUCUCUCUCUGGUUUGGGGCUUUUCCUUUUAUAUCUGGUUGGAUUUGGUGGAUCUGGAAGCAACCCUUUGCGCCCCCCCCCUCCUGCGGUUUAAAAUAUUUUUUUCCCCCACUCCUCUUCUGCCUUGGUUUUGAAUGCGAGCUGAGGAAAAUGGGCAACGGUACUUCCGCCAGAAGGGGAAUCUCUCCGUGCCUGUUUUUGGGACGUGUUCCUGUGGUGCUAGGAUCUUCUUAGAGAAAUAGCCUGCCUGCUUUCGGAGUGGAAGGCCAAAUGACAUAGGAUGAAGGCUGUUCAUAAUUUGCUGAUUUAUAUAUUUUCCACCUAUCUACUGGUUAUGUUUGGAUUUAAUGCUGCCCAAGACUUCUGGUGUUCAACGCUGGUGAAGGGGGUCAUUUAUGGAUCAUAUUCUGUAAGCGAAAUGUUUCCCAAAAACUUUACAAACUGCACUUGGACGCUGGAAAACCCAGAUCCGACCAAAUAUAGUAUUUACCUGAAAUUUUCCAAAAAAGACUUCAGCUGCUCUAACUUUUCCCUCCUGGCUUAUCAGUUUGAUCAUUUUUCUCAUGAAAAAAUUAAGGAUCUCUUAAAGAAUAAUCAUUCUAUAAUGCAGCUCUGUGAUUCCAAGAAUGCUUUUGUAUUUCUGCAAUAUGAUAAGAAUUUCAUUCAGAUACGCCGAGUCUACCCCUUUGAUUUCAUAGGAUUAUACAAAAAGGAAGAUGACCAAAAAUCUUUCUUUGAAUUUUUGGUUUUAAACAAGGUCAGCCCAAGCCAGUUUGGUUGCCAUGUAUUAUGCACUUGGUUGGAGAGCUGCUUGAAAUCUGAGAACGGGAGAACCGAGUCCUGUGGGAUCAUGUAUACAAAAUGCACCUGCCCUCAGCACUUGGGAGAAUGGGGGGGAGACGACCAUUCUCUGGUGUUGCUUAAUAAUGUAGUCCUGCCCCUCAACGAGCAGACGGAAGGCUGUCUUACCCAGGAGCUGCAAACCACCCAGGUCUGCAAUCUCACCAGGGAAGCCAAGCGGCCACCAAAGGAAGAAUUUGGAAUGAUGGGAGAUCAUACAAUUAAAAGUCAGCGACCUCGAUCUGUUCAUGAGAAAAGGGUCCCUCAGGAACAAGCUGAUGCUGCUAAAUUUAUGGCACAAACUGGUGAAUCUGGUGUUGAAGAGUGGGCCCAGUGGAGUACAUGUUCAGUUACUUGUGGUCAAGGGUCGCAGGUGCGAACCAGAACUUGUGUAUCACCUUACGGGACACACUGCAGCGGCCCUUUAAGAGAAUCAAGGGUUUGCAAUAACACUGCCCUCUGUCCAGUACAUGGAGUUUGGGAGGAGUGGUCACCUUGGAGUUUGUGCUCAUUCACUUGUGGUCGAGGCCAAAGAACUAGAACAAGGUCAUGUAUACCUCCCCAGUAUGGGGGAAGAUCAUGUGAUGGACCUGAAACCCAACAUAAGCCUUGCAAUAUUGCUCUUUGUCCUGUUGAUGGACAAUGGCAAGAGUGGAGUGCUUGGAGCCAGUGCUCAGUGACAUGUUCCAAUGGCACACAGCAGAGAAGUCGACAGUGCACAGCAGCCGCUCAUGGAGGCUCGGAGUGCAGAGGUCCAUGGGCUGAAAGCAGGGAGUGUUACAACCCGGAGUGUACAGCUAAUGGCCAAUGGAAUCACUGGGGCCAUUGGAGUGGGUGUUCCAAGUCAUGUGAUGGUGGCUGGGAGAAGCGAAUAAGAAUAUGUCAAGGAGCAGCCAUAACUGGACAACAAUGUGAAGGAACCGGAGAGGAAGUUAGGCGGUGUAGUGAGCAGCGGUGCCCAGCACCUUAUGAAAUAUGUCCUGAGGAUAAUUUAAUAUCAGUGGAAUGGAAAAGGACCCCAGCAGGAGACAUGGCAUUCAAUCGCUGUCCUCUCAAUGCUACAGGCACCACUAGCAGACGCUGCUCUCUCAGUCUUCAUGGAGUGGCCUUCUGGGAACAACCUAGCUUUGCUAGAUGCAUAUCAAAUGAGUACAGACAGUUGCAGCAUUCAAUUAAAGAACAUCUUGCAAAAGGGCAGAGGACACUGGCAGGUGAAGGAAUGUCCCAGGUGACAAAGACCCUUCUGGACUUAACUCAGAGGAAAAACUUUUACGCAGGGGAUCUCUUGGUUUCUGUCGAAAUCCUCAGAAACGUUACAGAUACAUUUAAAAGAGCAAGCUACAUCCCUGCAUCAGAUGGUGUUCAGAACUUCUUUCAAACUGUUAGUAACCUUUUGGAUGAAGAGAACAAAGAUAAAUGGGAAGAUGCACAGCAGAUCUAUCCAGGCUCAAUAGAACUAAUGCAGGUGAUUGAAGACUUUAUACACAUUGUUGGAAUGGGGAUGAUGGACUUUCAGAAUUCAUACUUAAUGACUGGAAAUGUAGUGGCUAGCAUUCAGAAGCUUCCUGCAGCAUCCGUUCUAACGGACAUAAAUUUCCCCAUGAAAGGAAGGAAAGGAAUGGUCGAUUGGGCACGAAAUUCAGAAGACAGGGUCGUCAUUCCAAAAAAUAUCUUCACACCUAUGUCAACAGAACUAGAUGAAUCCACUGUAUUUGUGCUUGGAGCAGUACUCUACAAAAAUUUAGAGCUUAUUUUACCCACCUUACGAAAUUAUACUGUUGUUAAUUCCAAAAUCAUUGUGGUCACCAUAAGGCCUGAGCCCAAAACGUCUGAUUCCUUUCUAGAGAUAGAGUUAGCUCAUUUGGCUAAUGGCACAUUGAAUCCCUAUUGUGCACUGUGGGAUGAUUCAAAAACGAACGACUCUUUGGGAACCUGGUCCACCCAGGGAUGUAAAACUGUGCUUACCGAUGCAUCCCAUACGAAAUGCUUAUGUGAUCGUCUCUCUACCUUCGCCAUUUUGGCUCAGCAACCUAGAGAAAUAAUCAUGGAAUCAUCUGGUGCACCCUCAGUAACCCUUAUAGUAGGCAGUGGCCUUUCAUGCUUGGCUUUGAUCACCCUAGCAGUUGUCUAUGCAGCACUAUGGAGGUACAUCAGAUCUGAGAGGUCAAUCAUUCUAAUUAAUUUCUGCCUGUCUAUUAUCUCAUCAAAUAUCCUUAUACUGGUUGGACAAACACAGACACAUAAUAAGGGCAUCUGUACCACGACCACGGCAUUUUUACAUUUCUUUUUCUUAGCUUCAUUCUGUUGGGUUUUGACAGAAGCGUGGCAGUCAUACAUGGCUGUUACUGGAAAAAUUAGAACACGACUCAUAAGGAAACGCUUCUUAUGCCUUGGAUGGGGUUUACCAGCAUUGGUGGUGGCAAUAUCAAUAGGUUUUACCAAGACAAAAGGAUACGGAACGUCUAACUAUUGCUGGCUGUCUCUUGAAGGAGGACUUCUCUAUGCUUUUGUUGGACCUGCAGCUGCUGUUGUCCUGGUCAACAUGGUGAUUGGCAUUUUGGUGUUUAAUAAACUUGUUUCCAGAGAUGGAAUCCUAGAUAAAAAGCUCAAACACAGAGCGGGUCAGAUGAGUGAGCCUCAUAGCGGUUUGACGCUCAAAUGUGCCAAGUGUGGAGUAGUUUCAACAACAGCUUUGUCAGCCACCACCGCCAGUAAUGCCAUGGCUUCCCUCUGGAGUUCCUGUGUUGUCUUGCCUCUCCUGGCUCUGACAUGGAUGUCUGCAGUUCUGGCAAUGACCGACAAGAGAUCAAUAUUAUUUCAGAUACUCUUUGCUGUAUUUGAUUCGUUGCAAGGGUUCGUUAUUGUCAUGGUCCACUGCAUUCUCCGAAGAGAGGUUCAAGAUGCAUUUAGAUGUCGAUUAAGAAACUGUCAAGACCCAAUCAAUGCAGAUUCUUCAAGUUCAUUUCCUAAUGGACAUGCUCAAAUCAUGACAGAUUUUGAAAAAGAUGUGGACAUUGCCUGUCGAUCAGUUCUUCAUAAGGAUAUUGGACCAUGCAGAGCAGCUACAAUAACAGGAACGCUUUCUAGAAUCUCAUUGAACGACGAUGAAGAGGAGAAACCAGCAAACCCUGAAGGAAUGAGCUAUUCAACGUUGCCUGGGAAUAUAAUUUCUAAAGUUAUCAUUCAGCAGUCUGGAGGUAUGCACAUGCCGAUGAGCAUGAGUGAACUGGCCAAUCAGUGUCUAAAAAAGGACAACACAGAGUUGCGUCGGACUGUUUAUUUAUGUACUGAUGACAACCUGAGAGGUGCAGAUAUGGACGUCGUCCACCCUCAGGACCGAAUGAUGGAAAGUGACUAUAUUGUUAUGCCCAGGGGCUCAGUGAACAUACAGCCAUCGCUGAAGGAUGACAGCAAGCUGAAUAUAGGCAUGGAGACGUUGCCUCAUGAACGGCUCUUGCACUACAAAGUUAAUCCUGAGUUCAGUAUGAACCCCAACGUAAUGGACCAGUUCAGUAUGAAUUUAGAUCAACAUCUCCCUUCCCAGGAACACAUGCAAAACUUGCCUUUUGAACCCCGCACAGCAGUAAAGAAUUUCAUGGCUUCAGAGAUGGAUGAUAGCACAGGACUAGCACGAAGCGAAACUGGAUCGACCAUAUCCAUGAGUUCUUUGGAGAGAAGAAAAUCACGUUACUCGGACCUCGACUUUGAAAAGGUCAUGCAUACGAGGAAGAGGCACAUGGAAUUGUUUCAGGAAUUAAAUCAGAAAUUUCAGACACUAGACAGAUUUCGAGAUGUACCAAAAUCAGGCAGUAUGAAUGCUGGAUCUCAUCAUGGACCAGCGCGCAGGUGCCACGACCCUCGCCGGAGCACAUCCCCUACCGCAACGGGGUCCCCGGUAGUGUUUCGAGGGACGAAAACCCAACAGCAGCCAACAAGGCUACCUGGGACAGUUUCAAAAACACAAGUGAAUACCAACAUUAUACCACAAUAAAUGUAUUAGAUACAGAGGCAAAAGAUGCUUUAGAACUAAGACCAGCAGAAUGGGAGAAGUGUCUGAACUUGCCUCUAGAUGUACAAGAAGGCGAUUUUCAAACAGAAGUUUAACGAAAGGCGAAAUAAACUGCAGCGAAAGCAAAACCUAGAACCAUUUCAUUUGCACUGACGCUCAAGAGACUUGGGAUUCCUGACCCGCCUGUCUGAACAUUGUGGCUAACGCGUGUCAGGACCUUCGUGUGCCAAAUGUCAGUGGUUUCUUUUCGUACGAUAUAUUCCCACUAGCCAAACUAGUGGAGAGCCCAGGUGUACAAUUCUUACCAUCGUGUCUUGUAAGUACCCGUGGAAUGGAUUUGUAAGGUAAAUCUUUAUAGAUAAACCUCAAGCAACGGUUCAUGUUGUAACAGCUUCAUUUGGUUUAGUUUUCAAAAAACUUCACCAUGAAGCACAAUGUAUAUAUUUAUGCAGUUUUUAAAGUUUAUAACAGUCUGUUUGGCCAUUACUACACUUUUUACUUUAUAAUAUAAAAAAGCAAAGUUUUGUCGUCAUUAAAUGAAUGUCUGUUGAGCUACAUUCUUCAUUGCUUUAAAUGCAAUAAAGUAAUAAUCUCACUUUUAUAUGAAUAAUAUAUUUCACAUCUUUAUUAUUGCAGUUUUCUCUGGAAGGCUCAAGAGGAGCUUUUCCUGCUGCAGCUGUGUAUAAAAUAUUUAAAAUGUUGUAUGGUGUAAAUAAACUUUUGUCUACA